AAUUUUUGCUAGUGAUGUAGCAAAUCGUUUGCUAAAAAGAAUUGCGCUCCAUCUAAUUGUUACGCUUUAGAUUUAGUGUGAAUGCUUUAGUUGCGAAGGCAGGGUAGUAAUUCAAACACGGUGCGACGUGGUGACGAGAAAAUUUUCAAAAAGAUAAAAUGGCCAACAAAGUGUUUAUUUGGGAAAGCACGACAAGCGACGGACCGCCCGACAAAGGAUCGUUCACCAAAUUAAAAAUAAACGAUAUUGAAGAUGGUCCGAUGGAAAAGGGGAAAAUAGUCACAUAUCAAGCGCCACCGAUGGAGGAGGACGACCGAGGGGGCUGGGGCAACAAACUCGAUUUCCUCUUCUCCUGCAUUAGUUUGUCCGUCGGAUUGGGAAACGUUUGGCGGUUUCCUUAUUUAUGUUUCAAGAAUGGGGGAGGCGCAUUUCUGGUAACGUACACCUUGGCUAUGAUAUUUUGCGGAAUACCGAUGUUCUUCCAAGAGGUUGCCAUCGGUCAGUACUUGGGAUCUGGUGGAAUGACCUUCGUGGGACAGCUUUGUCCAUUGUUGAAAGGCGUGGGAUACGCCACCAUGACCAUUGUUUUCCUGCUGGACGUCUACUACUGUCUUAUAAUAGCCUGGACUUUGUUUUAUAUUAUAUCAACGUUUUCCAGCAUGCCCAACUUGCCCUGGUCCACUUGCGACAACUGGUGGAACACCGAAAACUGUUACGUCGCAGAAACAUCCUACAUAAACUCCACUAACAGGACGACAUCGGUAGAAGAAUUCUUUGAGCGUCGGGUCUUGCAGAUAUCAUCCGGAAUUGAAGACAUCAACGGGAUGCAGUGGAACUUGUUUGUGUGUUUGAUCAUAGGCUGGUUAUUGGUUUAUCUGGUGAUCCGUAAAGGGCUGCACCAGAGUGGAAAAGUGAUAUGGUUCUCGGCCCUGUUUCCAUACGUCGUUUUAUUAAUAUUCCUGGUGAGGGCGGUAACAUUGGACGGAGCAUCUAAGGGGCUUUUGUAUUUCGUGACGCCACGCUGGGAGGAAUUAUUAAAGCCGGAACCCUGGAUGGAGGGCGCCACCCAGAUAUUCUUCGCUUACAGCAUCGGAUGCGGAGCGUUGCCCGCUCUAGGGUCCUACAACAAGUUUCAUCACAACUCUUACAAGGACGCCCUGAUAACGUGCAUUGUCAACACGUUGACCUCUUUGAUGGCCGGCAUCGUGACCUUUUCCAUACUGGGUCACCUGGCCUCCGAACAAAACACGGACGUGGCACAGGUGGUGAAAUCCGGACCGGGACUCGUUUUUCUCACGUAUCCGGAGGUGGUCCUCAAAUUGCCCGGCUCUCCUUUCUGGGCCACCAUUUUUUUCUUCAUGCUGGUCUUGCUGGGAAUCGACAGCGAGUUCUGCCUGGUGGAGUCGUUCAUAACGGGCAUCCUGGACAAUUGGUCGCAGCAGCUGCGGCCCUACCGCACGUCGUUCACGGCGAUAACUUGCUUGGUCAUGUUCAUCCUAGGAAUACCGAUGGUCACAAACGGAGGGAUGUACAUAUUCCAACUGAUGGACUACUACUCGGCAAGUGGAAUGUCUUUGAUCUGGGUGUGCUUCUUCCAAACAAUAGGAGUGUCGUGGGCCUUUGGCGUGGACAAACUGAGCGACUGCAUCGAACAAAUGAUGGGCAGAAGACCGAGUCAGUUCAUGUGCAUUUGCUGGAAGUAUUUAGCACCAUUUACGAUGCUGGCGAUAUUCGUCAGCCACUGUUUCCAAUAUGAGAGUUUGACUUAUGCUGAAUACAAAUAUCCACAUUGGGCGGACGGUUUGGGAAUCGGUAUCAGUUUAUCAUCGAUGAUAUGGGUUCCGGUGUAUGCCAUUUAUUAUGUGCUGACGGAGCCCGGAUCUAUUUUACAGAACAUCAAAGCCGGAUUUCAGCCGAAAAUAAAGGAGAGAAAAAUUUCCAUCUGUGAUAAAACCAAGGGAGUGAUGAUAACCGAGAGCAGUGUAGGGUUGAUAACCCCCUCAAAUUCGCCAGACGAAUGAUAACCAGUAUUUAUUAUCGUUACUUCCAUAAAAAAACUUAUUUCACGUUAAAUUAUUUCUGUUACAAUGUAAUACGUAUUAUUGGGUGAGAUAAUUAUUCUACAAGUAUUGUUUUCGUGUCUGUGAUUUUGAACUUUCGUAAGUAGGAUAGAGUAGGAUUAUUAUUUGCAGGGACGUGCAAACUGUUUUUGCACAAAAUAAAAUUGAUCCGUCGAA